AUGGGUUCGCCAGUGGUUGAACAGAUCGCAAGGAAGGGAGAUCUAAUCUCCAGCAGGCUUCCCUUGGUUCACUAUCUCCGUCUCUAUCAGCCACCAAUCGUAGAAAGGAAUGGAACGGAGGCAGCAGUGUUGCCGUCAAGUGGCAGCGACGGCUACUCCUUCUAUCCGACAACAAUCACGCAGGGAGUGAAAGACUUCGAUCCUCAGUUGAUCGGAGAAGAAAGAAACACACAAACAUUCAGAAAAUGGCCGAUGACUCUUAAUCGAUCGCAAGGAAGGGCUGCAAUCAGCGGUGGGAAGUCGCUGAAUUUCUUCUCUGUAGUGGUGAUGUUCCAGGCAGGAAACGAAGGUGGAGGAUUAGAUCAAAUAUAUUACUUUAUUUCCAUAAUUGUAGGAUUUCAAUUAAAUGAUUUCCUUAAUUAA